AGGGCGGCUGCCGCGCGCCCCGCCCCGGAAGUGUUUCUAGGUGACGGCCGCCCCGGCCCGGAGCGCUACAGCGGGGCGGCGGCAGCAGCUGGCGCUGCGGGGGGCUGCGAUGGAGCACAUCCGCACCACCAAGGUAGAGCAAGUAAAAUUACUAGAUAGGUUCAGCACCAGCAACAAGUCGCUAACGGGAACUCUGUACCUUACAGCAACUCAUCUGUUAUUCAUAGAUUCCAGCCAGAGAGAGACCUGGAUACUACAUCAUCACAUCGCUGCAGUGGAAAAACUUCCCUUGACUACUUCUGGCUGCCCCCUUGUGAUCCAGUGCAAGAACUUCAGGAUUGUUCACUUUGUUGUUCCCAGAGAGAGAGAUUGUCAUGACAUUUAUAACUCUUUGCUUCAGCUGUCAAGAACAGCACAAUAUGAUGAACUGUAUGCCUUCUCCUAUAAUCCAAAACAAAACACAUCUGAGCAAGUCAAAGGCUGGCAGCUUAUCGAUCUAGCGGAAGAAUAUAAGAGAAUGGGAGUGCCAAAUGCCAAUUGGCAGUUGUCUGAUGCAAAUCGUGAUUAUAAGAUUUGUGACACCUAUCCUAAAGAACUUUAUGUUCCCAGAACUGCAAGCAAACCUAUAAUUGUUGGUAGCUCCAAGUUCAGAAGCAAAGGAAGAUUCCCAGUAUUGUCUUAUUAUCAUAAAGAUAAAGAGGCUGCAAUUUGCAGAUGCAGUCAACCCCUCUCAGGUUUCAGUGCCAGGUGCCUGGAAGAUGAGCAUAUGUUGCAAGCAAUCAGUAAAGCAAAUCCUACAAAUCGCUUCAUGUAUGUCAUGGACACCAGGCCAAAGCUUAAUGCAAUGGCAAACAGAGCUGCGGGGAAGGGCUAUGAAAAUGAAGACAACUACUCUAACAUUAGGUUCCAGUUUGUUGGAAUUGAAAAUAUUCAUGUAAUGAGAUCCAGCUUACAAAAACUGUUGGAAGUCAGUGGUACAAAGGGUUUAUCCGUCAAUGACUUCUUGUCUGGUUUGGAGAAUUCUGGAUGGCUGCGUCAUAUCAAAGCUGUGUUGGAUGCUGCUGUCUUCCUAGUCAAGGCAAUAGCAGUUGAGAGUGCCAGUGUGUUAGUGCACUGCUCAGAUGGCUGGGAUAGGACUUCCCAAGUUUGUUCCCUUGGAGCUCUCUUACUAGAUUCCUAUUACAGAACAAUUAAAGGAUUCAUGGUCUUGAUAGAGAAGGACUGGAUCUCUUUUGGGCACAAAUUCUCUGACAGGUGCUGUCAGUUGGAUGGUGAUCCAAAAGAAAUCUCACCAGUGUUCACCCAGUUUUUAGAAAGUGUGUGGAAUCUGACUGAGCAAUUUCCCCAAGCCUUUGAGUACAAUGAAGCUUUCCUUCUUCAGAUCCAUGAACAUGUCCAUUCAUGUCAGUUUGGAAACUUCCUUGGAAACUGCCAAAAAGAGCGAGAAGAACUAAAAUUUAAAGAGAAGACAUAUUCCUUGUGGCCAUUCCUUCUGGAUGAACAGAAGAAAUAUCAAAAUCCUUUGUAUAAUCCAGAUUUUUCUCCAGAGCUAACUCUUUUGGAGCCUAACACAGUGUCUUUCAAUUUUAAGUUUUGGAGAAAUAUGUACCAUCAGUUUGAUCGAAGUAUGCAUCCCAGGCAAUCUGUAUUGGAUCUUAUCAUGAACAUGAGUGAACAAAAUAAACAACUGGAGAAAGACAUUAAAGAACUGGAAGCUAGAAUAAAGCGGAGGAACGGUCAGUCAGAUGCAGCCCUUGUGAAGGAGCCUCUGCAGUCUGCCCCUCCUGUACCCAUGGCACCGAAAACCUCUCCAUGCUUCAAGAAGGAGCAGCCACUGAUGCCUGUGAAUGACUCUGUAAGAACUAUAGAGGGCAGCAACACUGCAGACAAUCGCUACAGUGAAUUCAUGGAAGAGUUCUCAAAAGCUGAGCCUGCUGUUGUCAGCUUGGAGUAUGGAGUGGCCAGGAUGACCUGUUAAUUGAGAUCUGGCAUAGGGCUCCUCUUUUCUAGACUGAAAUAAAAGAUGGAUUAUUGUGAGGAUGGGUCUGUGCUGCAUGACCAAAACCUGAUUUGUAUAUUGGCAGAUUUUGUUAAUGUAGGCUAGAACAGCAUGCUAGUUGUCAAGUGUUUGCUGUUCUCUUAACAACAACAAAAAAAAGUGUAGCUGUAUUUUAAAAGAAGGGGCAUUUGGUAAGUAGUGACUGAAAAGGAGUGGUAUGUCUUUGGAUUUGCAUCAGUUUGCACUAAAUUGAUUAAGAUAGUAACAUUUCUUAUAAUAUUCAGUUUAGGAAAACACAAGUGGUCUUUCACAAGUUGAUUUUAUUUAGGCAAGAAAAUUUGCACUUUCUACUUUAGGAACUGAAGCUACAUGUAUAUAUUGCAUACAAUAUAAAUAUGUAUACCCUUGUUUAAUGUCACCCACUACUAAAUUUCAGUGUAUUAAGUGCCAUGAAAAAGUACAAUAUAUUUCAAAUCAUAACUAGUUGGCCUUAAACCUAUUGAUCAGUAAUAUUCUUGUCCUUGACUACUGCAGCCUGUAACCUGACUCUGUUUCUAUUGUACUUGCUCAAAUUUGUUCUUUCCUUAAAGCAGGACUGGUUCUGGGGAAUGAAGCAUGCCUAAGCUGAUGCAGCCUGACAGCAAAUAGCUAUACAAAUGUUAACUUUCUUUUUUUCUCCAAUUUCUUUAUUGUUUAAAAUGUAAUAGAUGGGCCAGAUCUUGCUCUCUGGCAGCUUAGACUGAGCUUCACUGAGGUUAUAAUUCAUGUGUGUGAUCUUAAGCAUUGAUAUUUAACAGUGAAGAGUAAAAAGAGUAAGGCACAUCAUUUAAAAAAAAAAACAAACAAACAAAAAUCCUGUAGCCAAUAACUGAACUGUUAAAUUCCCUUCAGAUGGUUUCCUGUGUGCUGUGCAAUUGUUCUGGUUCCAAGAACAGCAGAAGCAAAAGAUCUAGGAGUGUAGUCUGCUGACGACUGUCCUCAGAUACAAAAAACUUGUUGCACUAGUGUCUGAUGCUCAUGAGAAACUGAACUUCAUACUGAAUUUUUGAUUGGGAAAAAAUUUCAGUUAUUAGUGAAGUCUCCCUUUUAUGUUGUAAAAUUUCUGACUUGCACUUACACAAUUUCAGUACAAACGGGAGAUUCUCUUUUUUUAAUUUGAGAGAGGACAAAAACUACUUCUGGCAGGAUACAGUAGAAAUACUGGGACAUGAGAAAACUUGGAGUAUCUAAGCUUAAUUCUGUGUCUAUAGGUUAUGCUGGUAAGGGAGGUUUUGGCCAACUCUGCCUCCCAUGAUAGAUUUUCUGGGCAGUAGCAUUUGAAAACAGAAUAGGGAAGUAAAAAUGUGAGUGCCUAGUCUUUAGAGGUCUAAAUUACAAGUUUAGGUAUUAGGGUCCCGAGGUAUGGUGUUAGAUUAAUGCUACCAGUUUUAUCUCUGAAUUUAAAUCAUUUUUGGUUACAAAUGAAAUGAGUUUAUUCUCAUCCUAAUCCCUAAAGUCUGUUUUGUUAAAACUGCUGGUGCACCACACACAACUUGACAUAGUUGGCAGCAUUUCUCUCUGCCUCAAAUUAGAUUGGGGACUCUGUUAACAAGGCCAGUCAUGGUCAUGGUCAAGUCGCACUUUUGAAGCUCUCGGAGAAGUUAACUAUGACCCCUGUGUUUAGGGAGUUUUAAUUGCCCAUUUCACUAAUUAAUUUUUUUAAAGCCUAUAAAUGUAAAUAAAGAUUCAUAAAAGCUUUUUUUUAUUUGCAAAGAGAUGAGAGUAAUGUCAUGUUUAAAGUACAUUAUCCAGCCAUUUAAACACAUUUAGACUUUAUAUUACUUUUUCCACUGCAGGUUUUGAUUGAAUUUCACAUUUGCACGCGCGGUGCCUUACAGGGUUGCAGCAAGAGAGGUUUUUGUGCCUUGUUAUUUGUUGUUUCCCUCCCCCCUUACCUUCUCUAUCAACUUGGUUCCGUGGUUUUCCUUUGCAAAACAUCUUGUGUAUUAAACUUGUGUUUUAUCACACUAGUGAAACAAAUUUAUCACUGACAGUAUAGGUGUUAUCACUUUACUUGUUUGUCUUAAUAUUAACUGCUCUGGUGUGCCAUGUACAUUGUUUUUCAUAUUUAUUGUUUAGAGUUUAUGGACUCAAAAGAUUAUAUUAAGCUUUUUUGCGAGUAUUGUGGUAUGUUUUUUUUCCUUUAAAAGCCUUAUACAGGGGUACUCAGUUGUUUAAAGAGAAGAUGGUUUGUUUUCAGUAAUGUUAAAGUGUGUUUAUUUUGGUCUUCAGACCCUUUUUAUUGGAAGAGCUUACUUUUUAGUAAAAAAGGGAUCAGGAUGCUAUUCUAUUUUAAAUCAAGGUAGACAUCUCAAGCCAGUCCUAAAAUGUCAUUAAAAACUAUAUGCUCAGGCACAAAACGCAUUUUGUCAAAAAUAUACUUCCUGGUUUAAAGCAGAUAUCUUACUCCAGUGAAUAAAUGAAUAGAGUUUUAUAAGGUUGUUCUGUAGAGCAGCCUUCUUACAAAGUCCAGACAGCUCUGCCAAUUCAGCCCCCAGGGUUACCAGUGAGAAAAGUUCCUGCAGAGAGCCAGCUGUCUCUUCUCAUUUGCUAUUUAGGCUUAAGCCAAAACUACCUAAAGCACAUGGGAGCUGUGGUACAGUAAAUAGAUGGUAGCAAAGUGAGCUCCAGCAUGAAGCUUGGCAGGAUGGCUGGGACUCAGCUCAGUGGGGACUCUUCUGUGCCCUUCAAGAAGGGUUUAACCCCCCACCCCCACCCCAACAGCUGACUAAAAAGCUGUGGCAGAAGUCUUCUGGGAGCAAAAAGAAUUUUAAUUCUUAUUUCACUGCAUGGGUGUUUCUUUACUCUUGAAACAUUUGAUAAUGAAAAUACAUUACAGUAUCGAAAGGUGCCCAUUACAACUCAGAACAGUGCCCAGAAUUCCCUCCCUUUUAAGCUAUGGCCUUAAAACUUUUGGUGCACUGACCAGUUUGUUGGACUAAAAUGUCCAGGUAUUAAGCUGCUAUAGUUGAUUCUGUUUCAUCUGUUGCAAGACUUUGUGACACCUGUCAAUUCUGUGCUUCAUUUUGAGAAGGUGUUGGUAACAUCUGUGGGUUUUAAGUUUUGUCUGACUUUUUUUUUUUUUUUUUUUUUGUAUGAAUGCUAUAGAAGAGAAAUUAUUCCUUUUAGUUAACAAAACUGUUAGUCUCACCUGGGCUACUAAAACUGCUUUCACAUUGUACUCCAGGCAAAAUUAAAUGUUUAUUUCAAAGUAUAUUGGCACAGAAGGAGUUGAGCUUAUUUUGGGCAAGUUAGCUAUUGUGGUGAUGUCCUCUUUCAUACAAGUUUAAAUAUCCAACUGUUCUGUUCAGCAGGACAACUGCCAAGUCAACAGACUAAGAAAUUAAUUAAGCAACACUGAACUGCACCCGUACGUUUUCCACACAUGUCCAAUUACCAGUGACAUAAAUCUAGGGCAAAAGCCUGAAGUCUAGCAAGUCCAUUAGAGAAGUGGAGCAGCAGGCCUUCCAUAGAACCGCCCAUUCCUAUAUCUUGUGUAGAACAAACCCUAAUAUAAUGUUGAUUGAGAGGGAAAGUUACUACAACAUCAAACUACAACAUUCCAAUGUCUCUUACUCAAUAAAAGCACCCUGGAGAACUUUCAGGGACUUCAAGGGAAAGGUGUUGGUUUUUUUCCUCUGUAGUAGUUUUCCAAAUGCCUUUUUAUCUGAUAAGAUAAAACAUCAGCAAAGCUCUGGGAACUUGCUGCUCUCACGUUGGCAAACUGAGUGCAUGAUGGCUGCACAGUUUUUGCAGUCACCCCAACUCUCUCACGAAUGAAGGGAAAUGGGGCUGGGGUAGCUUGGCUUAACCACUAUCUUCUUAAGGAAAUGACAUAAAUUAUACAAAUGAAUUCCAUCUUAAGAAUAAUGGAUAUUGAUAGGAUGGGCCGUGUGUUCUUGGAAGUCCUGCCCUGUUCUUGGACAAGUAUAGCUAUGGUGAGGGCAUCACGUGAGAAAAAUAAUUGCUUUCUAGUCAUUUAUCAUGUUCUGACUUUCAAACUAUGUCUUACCUCCCCAGUGGUACAUUAUUAGAUCUUUAGGUCAGAAUCUAAAGGUUGGUCUUACAUACUCUGUAUUUAGCUGCUAAUAGUUCCAAACCUGUGGCUGAUCAUGGACUGUGUAGUGGUCAUGAAACUAUUUUAACUUUCAGGAUUAGAUCUUUAGAUUUGACUGGAGGCUACCUUGACUCACUUUCACCAUUUAUGCUGCCCUCUGUUUCCACUAGGUGUUGCUUAUUGCGGUGCUCAAUACCUGUCUUUCAGAUAAAAUGGGCUUCUCAAUGCCUUGGAUUUUCCAAAAGCUGGGAAAUAUUGCAGUUUUCUUCCACUAUUCUGAAGGCUUGGAUCAGCCUGAGUGAGCAGUGAGGAUGUCCUUAUGUUUGAUCUAGUUAGCUUGGCAUGUCUACAUGUUGAAAAGCAUCAAAAAUUAGAGCAGCUUCAUAAUUUAAUGGUGCAACUUCUGUAUGCACCAUAGGUGAAAGAAAAGAUAUAGUCAGGACCCUUGUCACAGUACGUAGCAAGGAACAGGACCCUGCUAGGAUAUUAUCCAUAAAAAGUAGAAGCAGCAGAGCUGAUUUGAUGUCCAGCAGCAGCUUGGGGACUUGAGGUGGAAGGUCAGAGCCCAGUUUUCUGAGCUCAGUUUCCAGACCCCAGAGAAUUCAAUGAGCUGUUUUAUUAAACACUUGCAGCUGAGCAAUUCUACAUCAACAGCAAACAAUAACUUAAAAAAAAAAACAUGGAUUUUUUUUUUUCUCCCAAUAUACUAGCUUCAAAUAAUGGAUGUCCUGGUGGUGACAUUGAAGUCAGGGUGCAGUAUUUCCUUUAAUCUUGUUUAUAGUUUAACUCUUGAGGUCAGUUAUGUACUCUUUGUAAUUAAAGUAGAUUAUAGUUUUGACAUGUACUGUAAAAGUCUUUGUCAUCUUCAUGGCAAGGCUAGCACGCACAUCUCUUGUAUUUCUGUAUAGAUCUUUGCUGAGAGCUUUCCUUGUAAAGUUUUUCUAAUCCUUCCCCAUAGUAGUAUUCCUAUUUAUUUAGCAUUACAUUUAGACCUGGAUUGGUUAGCUUGUUUUGUCUUACUGUUUGCUCUUCAAUUUUUAGCUCAUCUUUACAGCUGUCUGUCAAUAAUACCCCUUGACAAACAUCUUUCCCUCAAAAGAAAACGGGUUUGUCCUUUUUCUGGCUCUCAGGGAUUUUUACCCCUGAAUUAGUGAACUUGAAAAAUACUGCUUCUUUUUCUUUCAGGGCUUCUGAGUGCCUCUCAACUUCCACAGUCAGUUUACUUACCACGUUUUAACUUCAGAUGUGGCUAUUUAAAAAAAAAUACUCAAAUGCUGGAUGUGGCAAAGGGAAAGAAAACUGUUUUCAUUGUAAUCUAUCUGGAAAGACCGGCUGUUGUAUUACCAUUUAUUGUUCCAUGUAUUGCUUCCUGUAAAAGUCACUUAUCUCUGUGCUGGGAUCAUGCUUGAUGUAUAUUGGUGGAGAAACUUUAGCAAAUGGAGUUUUGUAAUGAGUAUUUUAUUUGUACAUGUUUUGAAAAUCCAUAAGGCUUAAAAUAAAGCUAUCUUAAUAUUACCAGUCUAA